UGCAUUGCUGCUGAAAAUAGCAGUAACAAGUGAAUUAACGGUAAAUCAUUAAUAAUAAUCGAAGAAAUUAUCAACUCACGUGUAAGGACGAGUCAUUAUCAAAUACGAAGGCAAAAAAAGAGCAAAAUAGCUAUCGAAAAAGCAAUAAUAACAACACUAUAAAUAGUUUGUGACUUUAACGUGACUAAAAAUCAGCAAUGAAAUGUUCAGUUUGGUUUACUGGUGUGUGCGUAUGGACCAUAUGAAUGUAGUUCGACAACAACAAAAUUCAAUUUAAAACAGAACAAGAAGAAGCAUAAAAAACAAGACGAAAAUAAUAAACUUAGUGCGUUACAAGUGUUUGCAUUUCAAUGUCAGUACGCUAAUUACACAACACGCGGAAUUUUAUUCAUUUGCGCUAAGAGAUCAAUUCUAACAAUGGCGAGCUGAACUGAAUUCAUAGGCAAAUCAGUCAUAUUUGAAAUUCGGUUGAAACAUCCACAUGCAAACAUGGAUUGGACUCGGUGGCUAUAUACGUUUUUAUGGUGCAUUUGCAAUACUGGGAGCAUAAUGUGGCUACCCAUUUGAUUCGCUAAUUAUUAGACAUACCGCACAAAUGUGCAGUACAGAGUUGUUCAACGAAGCAGUCGUACAAUAGUCAGUCAGUAAAAAAUGUUCAAUCAGUCAGUAAAACUGAAAUAGAAUUACUUACAUACGAGUAUAUGUGUGUGAAAGCUGACAGAGGAUAAAUAAUAAAUGUUUUCACAUUCCACAUAAUAAAGUAUUAUCAUCUAUAUACACACUUACGUAUAUACAUAUAUAAGUACUCGUAGAUCACAGUCGUACGAAAUCGUCACUAUCAUUUACAUAAUCGAACAAGUGCACCUUGUACAUACAUAGACGAAGUGCGAAACUAUACAGUAGUCUCUACAGAUCCAUAAGAUUACAUUCGAAGAGCACAUCAAAGCACGAACAUCUAAUAUAGCCAAUGACACUGUGUUCGUAUAUUUUGACACCAAAUAAGCGAAUAGCUCGUAUAACGAAAAUCUCCAUUAUAAUCAAAUCGUGUUUAAGCGAAAGUAAAUUCGAACAAUACUCAUACUGUAGCAAUAAUUUACACCGUUCUUCCCUAUAACUUUUUUAUACGAACCGUUACUUACAUUUAAUUAAAAUAGUGAAUUACAGUUAAAAGUAAAAUAAAGCACAUCGCUCAGUUUUCAAACGCAUUUAUUUAUAAAUACUCACAAAAUUACAUUUAAGCGAUAAAUUAAGCAACUGAAAAUUACAUUUAAACAUCAACGUUUUAUUAACCAGUUAUCAACGAAUUAAACUAAUACAUAGAAACAAACUUAAGUAGAUAAACUCCGAAAGCAAACUCGAAAUGAUUAUCAGAAUAGACCAAACAGUUAACUGUUGUACAAAGUAAAAUUUGCAACAACGGCAUCAACACGCACAAUUUGUUUUUGGGGGACGGCAUAGCGCUAACACGGACAAAAAAGGAGCAGCAGGAAAAACCGGCCAGAGCAAGCGAGUGUGAGUUGCCAAGGAUCUAUAAGCGUGAUCAUAAAAGGUGGAGCAUUAGCCGCAGUUGUAGACCUAAAGAACGUAACGAAGAAAAGUAAGUGGAAGGAAACAGAAGUAAGAGAGCAGUUAAGGACCAGCACCUGGAAGAAUAACGAGUGACAAAGCAGACAAGUUCCAUAGUGAGCCAUAGAUAAAACACAUAUUAUCACGUAAACUCAAGCCACAUAUAGUUGCCGAUACAGUCAAGCAAUAUAUCAGUCGGGCGCAGCGCACAAGUAAGGGUUCCGGAGAACAGCAGCCUAACAUGGAGUUUUUACGUGGUGUUUAUGCGUUCAUGCAAGUGAGUAGAUCAUCGGUGUCUCAUGUCAAAAUCGAUUCACCUGUUUUUCGCCUACACACAAAUGCAACUGUUAUUUUAUUAAUAACAUUCUCGAUCGCUGUUACGACGCGGCAGUACGUAGGAAAUCCCAUAGACUGUGUACAUACAAGAGACAUUCCCGAAGAUGUCCUCAACACAUAUUGUUGGAUACACUCGACAUAUACAGUGGUGGACGCUUUCAUGAAAAAACAAGGUUCCGAGGUGCCUUUUCCUGGGGUUCAUAAUUCGCAGGGACGUGGUCCUCUCACAAUAAAGCAUACGAAAUAUUAUCAAUGGGUAGCUUUUACGCUAUUUUUUCAGGCGAUUUUAUUUUAUACACCAAGAUGGCUGUGGAAAUCUUGGGAAGGUGGCAAAAUUCAUGCACUUAUCAUGGACUUAGAUAUAGGAAUUUGUUCCGAAGCCGAGAAGAAACAAAAAAAGAAAUUACUAUUAGAUUACUUAUGGGAAAAUCUAAGGUAUCACAACUGGUGGGCUUACAGAUACUACGUGUGCGAAUUACUGGCACUCAUAAAUGUGAUAGGUCAAAUGUUUCUUAUGAAUCGAUUUUUCGAUGGCGAAUUUUUGCAAUUUGGCUGGAAGGUUAUAAAAUAUAUGGAGGACGAUCAGGAAGAUCGAAUGGAUCCCAUGAUCUACAUAUUCCCCAGAAUGACCAAAUGUACAUUUUUUAAAUACGGUUCAAGCGGGGAGGUGGAGAAACACGACGCCAUUUGCAUACUGCCAUUAAAUGUUGUUAAUGAGAAAAUAUACAUUUUUCUUUGGUUUUGGUUCAUACUUUUAACGUUUCUAACACUAUUAACGUUAAUAUACAGGGUGGUAAUUAUCUUUUCACCACGUAUGAGGGUGUACUUGUUUCGUAUGCGAUUUAGGUUAGUGCGUCGAGACGCUAUUGAAAUAAUCGUUCGUCGGUCGAAGAUGGGCGAUUGGUUUUUAUUAUAUUUAUUAGGUGAAAAUAUAGAUACGGUUAUAUUUCGUGAUGUUGUACAGGAUUUAGCCAAUCGUUUAGGACAUAACCAACACCACAGGGUGCCUGGACUGAAAGGUGAAAUACAGGAUGCAUGAUAUUGGGAGUAUUAAAAAUAAUACAAAAUGCAAUUUGUCGUCUCAAUAUAACCGUCACUAUCACAAAUAAAAAUAUCAACACCAAAACCGCUUAAGUAACAACAGCAGUAGCACCGGCUUCCAAAAAUUCUCACCAAUGCAAAACUAAUAAAACUAAAAACAACAGAAAAACUCCAAAAAAAGCGAACCACAUUAACGCCAUCAGUUUCACAGGCAUUUGAUAUAAUCCGCUACAAAUACAUUUUCUAAGAAAUAAAUAUAUAAAGCAGAAUGCUUUCAUAAUAGACGAUUUUAGUAUAAACCAAAAUUCAAAUAGUGUGUGACAGCGACGAAUUGUUUAUACAUAUAUGUGUGCGAAUGUGUGUAAACUAAAAAAAUUAAGCGUAGCAUAUGUAAGGAAUAGCAAAUAAGCAUGUUCAAGCAGACGAUCUCACCUACAUUCGUAAAUCAUCGAGACGCAUCCAAAUAUUCAUAGCUUGUCAUGUUAUAUUAACAACCGAAAAGGACUACGACUGAGACGACACCCGCAAAUGAAUGCAUUAUUGUAAUGAGCCAACACGGACAAGUAGCAGUCAGCCAGCAAAAGGCCGCGUUUACUUCACCAAUAACAGGCAAGUUUAGCAUCCCCACAAACUUCAUACAUCACAUCACAUCGCAUCGAUACAUUCACAUGUAGCUCGAAAUUUAAAGCUUUGAAGUGGUGUAAUUGUCGACGGCAACCAACGAAGGAAGGAGAGCUCUCAUUUUUUUAUAUAAAACUCUACCAAAAGAAACCAACCAAAAAAAUCUAUCAUAGCGCCGACAGGACACCAUCUUACAUCAAUAGUUGCAUAUAUACGUAUUUUAUAUAAAAAAAAAAUAUAAAAAAUAAAUAUGGUUAAAAUAAAUAAUAAAUAUUAUUUCCAAUAUCAUAAGCUGAAAUAAUUAGAAUAACAACGACAUCAAGAUUAGUGUAAUUCAUUUCAUACAUAGUUAAUCAGGAGAACUAUCCGACACAUGCAUACAUACAAACCAGUUGAAACAAAAAACAAAAAUAAAUAACGAGUAAACGUAAUUAUACAAAAUCAUAAAAAAGUUUUAUGAAAUAUGCAUAAUAGCCAUGAUAACUCAUCAACUAAAUAUCUAUACAUACAAGUACAUAACACAUAAACAACUACAAAAAUUCAGAUAUAAGCAAAAAUAAUCAUCAAAACAUACAUACAUAACAUACAUACAUAUAUAGCGCGCCUCAUUAAAUAACCGAGAAAAGUAGCAUGUAAUCUAAAGACAUACUCGUACGUCUGUACAUGAGAGCAUUCACGCAUAGAUUGCAAUAAGCAAAUACAAAUAGUAACUAAACAAAGAAAUUUUUAAUUAAAAUUAUAAAAUAAAGAAUGAAUGAAAUGAAAAACGAAAUGAGACAAGAUUAUAUCAUUAUGAAAUAGUUACGUUAAUGCGACGUAAAUUACAGUUAAGAAAUAGUUAGUGAAACCAAAUACACUGCAUGCAGAAAUGCAUAUUUAUAUAAGUAUAUAAUAUAUUAUACUUAAGUUCAGUCUUACUUAGGUUCGUGCAUUAAAAUACGCAAAUGCAAAUAUUUUGGGGAAACAAAGGCGAUAAUGAACUGUUUCUCACAGUAUAUAAACAAAUUAGUGGAAAGUGUUUGCAAUUUAUGAACCACAAGUAAACUGUUCAAGUAUGAGUGAAAAUUUAAGGCAAAAGGUAGCAAAUAAAUAACUAUAUUACGUAAAUUACUGAAACAAUAGUAUGAAGGCACUUUCUUAUAUAUAUAUAUAUAUAUAUUCAUAUACCAAUUUUUAAGAAUCGAAACUUAUAUUAAAAUUAAACAAAGUGAGCUGGGAUAUAUGUGCAUAUGUGUGUAUUAUACUCGAGGCAUUAUAUACAGAUAUGUAUAUGCGAAAGUGCGUCUGGUCAUAUGCCAUGUAGGUUAUACUUAAGUUUUUAAAUACUUAAAACCAAUAUUUCAUGUGCAAUAUAAGCAACACAAGCGCACAUAUGCAUACAUAUGUAUCUAUGUGAAGAUGUACACAAAUUUGUGGUUGUAUUAUCUACUAAAUGUUUGGGUUCAAUGCGAAGCUACAUAUAAUUUUGAAUCGGUCACAGUAAGCUCUAUGUUUGUCGCAGUGCAUACAUCCAUUACCAAAACAUUCGUAUAUUACAUAGUUUUCAAGUAUCCGUCCAAAUAAUAUGGUUCGUACACAUCAGACAUACAAAUGCAUAAAUGCAAUUGAUUGUGGUAGCAUCCGUUAGUUAGCAAUUUCCUAUAGAUAUGUCAAUAUACAUCAGCAGCUUUUGAAUUGGGAACGCAAAUGACACUCUUACUGCCCACUUUUUAUUAAGCAACUGAUUGCAAUGUAAGCAAAACAAUAAACUAAAUAAUUUUUUGAUUUUUUGAUAAUUAAUAAAACUAUAAAUGAUAGGCGCUAUAUUGGCUUUGAAAACUAUAUACUCCUCAGUGCCAUUUAAAUGUUUUUAAUAUCACUUUCCAAUGCCUGAAAAAUAACAACAAUCCGUUCGAGGGCUAAUCCUAUUUUAAACAGCAUUGAUCUCUCGCAACAUUCAAAUGUACGUUUAUUUAACUCAAGGUAGAUCCCCAGCGAGGACUUACUAGCAAAGCAGCAGUUAAAGUUGUCCGUAUAAAAUUACAAAAUGGAUAGAUAUGCUGAUUUAUACUAUUUAGAAAAAUUGUAUCGGGCUAUAGUAUUUUUGCGGAGAAACUGGACUUUCUACUUGAGCCUUUAUGAAUCAGAAAUCAUAUUGAUUGAUUUGAAUAUUUCAUACUGCGUCUAUGUAUAGGAGAUCUAGAUAGUUUAGCGUUUUGCCAGUCAACCUACUGCCUAUCUGGAUAGUUUUCAAAAGCUCUAAUGUUAAUAUCAUGUUGAAUUUAAUGGGUAGUAAUUAAAUUUUCAAACCGUCAGACAUAUUCUUCGCAAUACUCCUGUUGUGAGUUCUCAUGACAUUAUUGGCAUAUACCAAAAGCCAAAGAAACUUAUUGCCUUUAGCUUCACGGACUUAAUGAAUUAAUGCAAAGUUGCUACAAUAUUGUUAUAAAAUAUCAAUAAAUGAUUUAUUUAUGGCAAUAAUAAGUAUGUAUCAUUUCGAACUACUAAAAACCAAAGCCAAAUAUUAUUAUUUUUAUACAAAAACAAAACAUAUCUUAGAGAUAACCCAAGCGUUUUUAGAUCAUGUUUACUUCCCCAAUUGCAUAUGUAUACAUACGUGUAAAUAUUAUAUUAAGACUCUCCGACUUAUUAUAGCGAAGUACUUGUAACUAGACUACAGAUGAAAUUACACUGCCAGAAUAAUCAAAACAUAAGAUUCAUAAAUUCAAUAAUCAUUCGGGUAUGAAGAAAUAGUUGAUGGCAAGAACAAGUAUAUUGCCCGCAUAUUUUACACGUGUAAAAUACAGAAAAAUAGACUUAGACCAUUGAAGUAUCCGAAAUUUAUAAUGAGAACGAUAGGUAAUAUAGCUACAAAUGAGUAAUCGCAUUAAAUCAACCCACAUACAAUACCAUGUGCACAUACAUAUGCACAUAAACCCGAAAAUUAAAGUAAAUUCAAAACAAACACGCGGUGCUAGUAAGAUAAAUAAUACAUUUACUAAAAAACAAUAAAUGCUGUAAAGAUAUGAACAAAAUAUAUAUAAAUUUAAGCAAUAGAAACGAAUUGAACAAUUGAACUAUAUCAUUAUAUUAAAUAAGUGAUGCUAACAAAUUACAAUACGAAAUAAUUAGGUUUAAGUAAGUACAAUUUAGGAAAAGAUAAAGUUAGGUAAUUAAAUAAUAUUUUUAAGAAAUAAAACCAUUAUGAUAAAACUGAAAUCAUGCGUAAAUUAUAGCAUACUGUGAGUAUUAAUAAAAUUAGCAAUAGAUUUGUUCCUGGACAAAUUUUCACAUUUGUAUGCGAAAGCAAAAAUUACAAAAAAAAAAACGUAUAAAUUAAAAAACGCAAAAAAUAUCUCAUAGAUUUUUAAUUAAUAAAAGUAAUAUUUAUACUUUAUUGUAACAAAUACAUAGUUUUUGUACAUACAUACAUAUGUAUCAAUAAGAGAAUAUAAAAUAUAUUAUAUUUUAAGUCUGCAUAGAAUUCACAUUAUUGGGAGUAGUUAUUAGUUGCUAAUAAAAUUGAACGUAUUCGUGACCCUUGGGGAGCUUUUGUACCAGAGGACUCACAAAGUUUUAAUUACAUAUAUUCAAGUUAAUUCAAUGCAGUAACAAUUUCCACAACAACAGCAAAUUUACAUACUUAGGAGGCAUCAUUUCUCAAACGCAAAACUAGCCAUUAAUUAAUUAAGUGUGACUGCUACUCAUUACAUAAAUUUGGAUAUUUUUUCAGUUUCGGUUAAACAUUUAUCAUUAAAUAUCGAAUUAUUUAUCCUUUCAUACUUUAGACAUUGACUUAAAUUAUAAAUAUUUCGAAAUAUAGUGAAUAUAAGUAGAUGGUGUAAUGCGUUAAUAGCUGGUAGAUAGAAAUUGCUAUAUUACAUUUAUUUCUCUCACGUACUUAAAUUAGUACUUCAUAGUUGCAAUAAAAUGCUGAUCAUUUUAGAAAUAUUAACAAGUAAGAGCACAAUAACAUGCGAUUCCCAAUUGCAUUAUUGUAUCGGUACCAGAAUUAUUCAGACUCGAUUAGCCAAAAUAGCUGUACAAGUUAAUUAUUUAAUAUACACAUAUACUAUAAGUAUAUAAAUCUACCGUAUAAAAGCAAACAUUUUGUAAAUCUUAUUAUAAUUAUUAUAAUGUAGCAUAAAUCAGCGAAAAUUCGAUAGUAACUUACACAUGUGAAACUUUAUUUUCAAAGUUUUAAAAUCUUGUGAUUUCGAUACGAGCAAAUUAAGAUGAGAAAUUCUUUUAAUUCGAAUGCAAAGUAAAUUGGCCAGUAAAAUUUCAAAUUAAAUAUAUAUUUUUUAAAUUUAAUUUGCCAUAUGCUUCUUUGUAUUUCGUGUAUUAUAUAGUUUUGUAUUCAAUGGCUUCUCAACUUGGGUUUCCCCCCCAGAGCUCAGACAUAGCAAAAUAAGUGAAUCGUCGGUAUGUUUCGAUAUAAAAAUAUACUUACGCGUGCUGUUGUUGACCGCUAGAUCAAGUGCUUUGGCUAUUUAUUAUAUUAUUAAUUAUCUGUUAAUUAUGCUCUAACUUCCUUUUUCACUGAAGUUCUGAGAAAAUCGGUCUAGUAGGCUUAAGACAAAUCAUUAAGAAUCAAUAAGACGAUAUUAGAUUUAUUUCAAAUAAUUGUGCUCAUUAUUUGUAUAUUGCUGGAUCUAAACGUUAGUUGUCCGUUUUUUGCAGCCCCGGCUUUUUAACUUCGCCAUAAGUAGCACUUUUAUUGAAACCAUUUGGAAUAUAAUGUUGAGUGUUAAUUCAAGUGUUCAACUCUUUACAUUCUUAUUUCGUCCGUUUUAUUAAUCUUUCUGAAAAAGAAUCACUUGAAACUUAUUCGAAGACAGACAAUAUACUUUUAAAUAGUUGAUUAGUUUUUUUCACUCACAUUAAAAAGCAUGAAAGUGAAAAUUUCCUUUCCCCUAGGGAAAUAUAUUGCUUUUUAAUACAAUUCUCUCAAAUUAGAAAAAAUUGGUUACUAUGAAUUGGAAAUUUACCUAUAUACAUAUGUAUUUUUGAAUCCCUCUAUUUUUAUUAUGUUAUUGGAUAAAUUUCAUUUUUAAUUAUUUUAUUAUUUAAAUACUCAGUAAAAUAGUUUAAGAAGCUAUUUUAUGUAUUGACAUCAUUCAUAUAUUUAUAUCCUACGUUAUAAGAUCAAUAUAUAAAAAUUUAACCCUUAACACACAAUUAAAAAAUUUUACUAACGGGUUACACCCCUCUACAGUGUCGAAAAAUUACAACAAAGAAAAACAUAAAAAUUUUUUAAGAUGACUUCAUUUCCUAUUUAAUUAAUAGUUAAUACAUUUUUUUUCUUGAUAUUUGAUAUAAAAUGGCAAAUAGAAAAAAUUUCAAUAUUCUUACCAUCUUCUGUGGAAAGUCAAAACAAUUUCACUUUUUGCUAAAACCAUUUAAAGAAAAGAUUUGUCUUUGGACGAAAUAUGUACAGAAAUAUAUACGAUUAAUAAGGUGUCAAAAAUCAUAGCGCCUUUCUCCAGAAAAUUUUUUUUGAUAACUGCUAUCGAAAUUUCAAGUGAUAAAGAUUUUAGUACCAUAUAUUAUGUUUCCAGUGGUGUUGAAGAGGGGUAGAGUAAUAGAAAAAAAUGGGUUUUAAUUUUUAUAUUUGCUCCGAAUAUGGUGCGCUUGGUUCCCGUCAGAACUACAAAAUAGUCACUUUAAAAACUUUUCCAUCUUAUAAACAAUGUUGUAUUUUACUUCUCAGUCCGUUAAGUAGAUUUUAAAAGGGGAAAAUUACUUUUAGAAUUUAUUUACUGUUAAAAGUAUGACAAAAUUAAGUAAUUUCAUGUUUAUUACAACCACUUUUAUUAAUUUGCGUUGGAAGUCAUAAGCCGAUUAAUUAAAAGAAUAAAAUAUUGUACAAGCUACUAAUUACAAUUUUACGCGAAUUUCAGAUUGUUAGAAUAAAAAGUGGAUAUUAACAUAUACAUUUCUUUUGUACGAAUUUCUCAAUAUUUAAAUGUCUAAGAGAGAUGUUCAUUAACCAAUUGUAGAAAACUGCCACUCUUACCACAGUUAUAGUGAAUUUACUUAGUUAAUCAAUUAUCACUUAGAUCAAUUAAACAUUAAAUCAUUCUGUCACAUUACUUCAACUAAUAGUGAGUAACUAGGAAAUGAGUUUUUGUAUAUGCUUAAGUUUGAGAAAUUUAGAAGACAAUAAUUAGCAAGAAAGUAUGUCCUAUGCUAUAGCGCAAUGUAUUUUCAGAUUUUUACAUUAAUAAUAUAUGAAUAUUUAUAGAACUAGUAUACUUUUAGGCGCAUUAGAUGAUAUUAGAUCUUGCUUUACAUAGUUGCACUAAUGCGUAUUAUUUUAGUGUUGCCUUAGAAAAGAAAUGCUUCUCUGUUACUUACAUUGCAUAUGCAACGUUGUGCUUGAAAAAUAAGACUAAAAACAUAUAAUGAGCCUAUUUCACUUUUCUAAAAAUAAUUCUGAACAAGACACAAGAUGGUAAACCUUCAGUAGCUCUAGAUAUUCUCUGCUUAAAUAAUGUUUAACAUAUGGAGCUAUAUUGCAAACAAUACGAUAUAAUUGCAUUUGUAGGAAUAUAUGUAUGUACAAAAUUCAAUUGUACAUCGAGGUAAGAAUGACACUUAUAAGGGGAUGUGUGACAGCAGCUAUGAUCUUGUUUGUAAUGUAUAAUUUAUAACAAGAUUUUUUUUAGAUAUGUAAGAUAUUUCUAUAUUUUUUCCUGCCAUGUAUGUAUGUUAAUUAUUUACAAUACUAAUGUUUUGUGCAGCUAUAUUCCACUUGAAGUACUUUCUUCAUUUGCCUGUAACAAAACCAUUAAGGUGGGCAAAAGUUUUAUUGUGAAUAGUCUUUAAGAAAGCCACGGGGUUUCUUAUUUUGCAAAAAUAAUACUUAUUUAUUUUUGAGAAGUUUUAUUAUUUUUUCCGUCUAUCAAAAUCCAAACACCGAUUUGACUAAGGCUAUUUUUGAACUUCUUGUCGUGCAUCGGUUUAAGAUUUGAGCGCUUUAAAAUACAGCAAUACAGUAAUACUGGAAAAUGCCAGUGCAUAAGCAUUUAUGUACAUAUGUAGCUGCGAUGCAUUACUAGAAGAUAUGUAUAUACUACAAUAUAUAACGAUUUCUUAUUGUCCAUCGUCCGUCCACUUUUAAUUUGAUGAGAUGGGAAUGAAAUUAUUUCCUAAGAGCAUUCACAUUCAUUUUUGUUGAUUUAUGCCAAUUUUGUAGCUACUUAAUAAUAUCAUAAUAAAUUUAUGAUCAAAUCAAACACCUUCUUUAUUUUUUUGAAAUAUGUCCUAAUAUGCGAAUAUUUACCCUACAUUUCUUAGCUAAAUUUCAACUGAAAAGAUAAUAAAAAAACAUAUAUAUGUAGUCGUAUAUACAAAGCAAUAAAGUUAGUCACUUAAUUUUUUCCUAUUAUCUCUAAGUCACACUCCUCGUAAGCAAUACGCACUUUUAAUUAAAAAAUCGGAUUCAAUAAUUUCUUUAUUCCUUGGAAUACUAAUAAAAUUGCCUUAUAUUCAAAAAAAUAAUAAUUAUACAUUAUAUUGUAAUAUAAAAGCAUUAUUGUAACAAAACAAAGAAACCCUAUUGAAAUCUUUAGCAAUAAAUUGUAAUAAAUAAUUAGGACAUUAUAAGCUAUUAGAUGCAAAGUUAUAAACUUACUUAGGUCAAACAGUUGUACAAAGUGUAUAUAUCUAUUUUAUUAAGUAAAUCAUUACCUAAUAUAUAAAUUAAUGAUAUAUAAAUUAAAGCGUAUGGUAUUCAAAUAUUACAUAGCACACACAUACAUUCUUACUUCCUAUUUUGUAAUAUUUAGUAAAUUAUAUACUUUUUAUUUGUCAGUACGUCCACAUUAAAUCACUUCUUUGAAUACCGGAAAACAAUUUAAAAAUUUUAAUAAACUAAACAACACACUGUAUAGUAAUUGCGUAAAUAAUUUCAAAAACAAAUUCGCCAAUUGCCUUCAACUAGAAGAAUUUCGAUCUAAAACCAUAUACAAAGCAAAAGCGUUAUACUUAAUAAAAAUAAAUAAAAUAAAAAUGGGCAGACGAUAAAUACAGUAUGCAGAAAAUAUUAAAUCAAUAACCAAGUGAGAAUCCAAACUAAAACAAAAACAAAAACAAAGAAAAUAAAAUAUAUUACAAAAAUAACUUAAACCUAUCAGUAACUAAUUGAAGCAGCGACAACUGCAAUCGGAAAUAUGAACAAAAUUUACAGAAACAAAAUAUACACAUAUACAUGCAUAUAUACAAAUGGAAAUAAAUAAUAAAAUACAAAGAUAGCAAUGCAGAAGUUUACGUAAGCAAACAAAUUAUUAGACUUUAGCAUAAACAGCAACAACCACAAAAGAGAACUGAAGUAAUUGCAGAGAUUUUAUUGCCAUAUUUGAAUUAUAUAAUAAGCGGUAAAACAAGAUAAUAUAGACUAAUAUACAUAAAUAGUAUAUAUACAAUAUACAUACAUAUACACACAUAUGCGAGUAUAUAUAGAUGACGCGAAACUUUAAACCAAAAAACUUACUCGAUUAUUUUAUCUACAUACACGAGAAUACUUAUAAGCAAGAACAAUAAACAGAAUCAUACGCAUACAAGUAAAUAAACCGUUACUUACAUAUUUAAAUGUAUCAUUAAUUGAAACUAACGAAAUAAUUAAUACAUAAUCAUGAACAGAACCAAUUAAGUAAAACAAAAAGUGAGGAAAAGAAGUCGAUUUCAUGCGCAGGAAUUUAUAUCAAUUACGACUAUAGCAAGAGCGAAAGAGUAUUUAUAUAAGAAAAUACACGAAAUCAAGCUUAGGAAAUACCGAGUGUGUAAAAAUAUCCGAAGAACACUUGAAAAAAAGUAAGUGAGUACAUAAAUAAGCAGAGCGCGAAAGAAAGACGAAUUUAAGUCCAAUUUUAAAAUUGCAAUGUCUAUCAUUGGUUAUUAAAAAUAUAUUAAACAUUUAAUUUAUUUAAUGUACAUAUUUAGCGUACCCGCUGUAAUCAAUCAGACAUUUACUUUGUAUUCCGAUCCUAUUUUUCAUUAGAGUGUACUUAAGGGUGGCUCUAACGUCGUUAAUUGAGCAUUUCUUGUGUGUAAUAUCACUGCGGGAACAUUGUGUUAGCUUAAAGGGGCUCUUAGACAUGUCAGAUCACUUAUGCACUUUCAAUUGCGAAGAUUUUACAAUAAAGAAUGUAGCUUUCAAAAAUAUACUUACAUAACCAAAACUGUAAAUAAAUCGGUAGAUUCUGCAUUAUAUAUGUUAAGGGUUGCCAUUUCAGAAAUAAAUAUAGAAAUUUUGUUUUGAUUUCAAACAUUUCUCUUUCAUAUAAUUCAACAUCAGGUCUUUAAUUACACUGUAAUCUUUGCCAUGUAACCUCAUUCAGGAAAAAAUGUUUCAGGAUAUUAUUUUUCACCUAGGAAGUUAAUAAAUGAAAACAUGAAAAGUUCUAAAUCGAUCCUAAUUUCAAACCCGAGGUUGGAAGGGAAUAUCCAAGAUUUCUUCGAAAAAGACCUCGCCAAGUAUAAAUUGUGGUUACUGCACUAAGCUUUUGUGUGGAAAUGAAAAAAAAAUUGAGUAAACAAGUUUUCCUGGGAAGCUUCUCUAUAAAUGUUCACCGUUAGUAUGAGCGCGAGUUCUUCUCGCAAUGACUUGCUUCAUCUUCUUUGGCUAAUAUUUUAUAAACUUUUCAUUAUAUUUGCAUAUAUACAUUUUCUUAAUUAAAUAACAAUGAUUCGUAAAAGGAGUUUUGUGUUUAAUAUCGAAAAAAAAUUUCAGCUUGAACAAGGCAGUAAUUAUUGAAUAUUAUAUCCAUCAUAUUUAUCUACCAUGCUGUUCACUUGAUUCAGAAAACGCUGAUAAUUCGUUAUUUUAAUAGUAUUACUAUGACAAUUUGUUUUAGUUUUAAUAUAAUGCAACAUUAAAACAUAGAAUACACAUAAUUCUUGGUCUAAUUUAAAAUUAAAAUAUUGUGUGUAACUAAGUCGACAAACAAUGUAAUUUUGACUUCUUAGAUGGAUUUCAUUGAGAAUAACAUAUAUAAUUUCAUUGAGAAUAACAUAUAUAAGUUAAUUGUUAGUGCAAAAUUAACUUAAACUGCCACGAACUCACCUCCUUAAAUUGCUCUAUAUAGUCCUCACUUUUUUUUGUACUCUGUCGUCUGCUAUCAGAUUUGAUUUAUUCGCACAAAUUAUGAGUAAGUUGCCAAAUAUAUAUCGAGAAAUAAUUUUUACUUAGUCUUUUAUAUUUUGUUAGUAACUCCACUUAAACUAUUAUCGUUAAAUAUAAAUUUUAUAUUUUAUAUAUAUACAUAUGAAGUUCGACAGUUAAUUAAGGCGAGCACUCCCAAAUUCCUUGAGAGAGAGGCCAUUAUCAAAAAAAUACCUUUCAAGUAGUUUUUUUUCGUAAACUCAUAUUUUAAUUUAUGUAGUUAUAGAAUUAUUAGGAAAUUUUGAACAGUGACAUAAAUUAUUAAGCUUAUAGAUGAAAUUAGGGAUUAUACUGGAUUUUGGGAAGCAUUUUCAAUUACUCACAGUUAGUGGUUAUGAUUUUGUUCAUAAUAAAUGCGAGCAUGGUUAAUAAAGCUUUAAUUUGAAAAGCUGUAGUGAAACAAAAAAAAAA